AAUAAGUCUGGCAACUCUCCUGUUUCCCAAGUAAUUAACACAAUCGCUUGUUGAUACCGAAUGUUGCUGGGAGUAGGUGUUGUGAAGAGUAUUGAGUUGGAAGGGAGCUCAGAGGUGAUGCAGGCCAUGUCAACCGUAAAAAUUGAUUCCUGAAAGCUGUUACUUUGGAUUUUUUCUCUUCUGGCUUGCAAAGAGAACUUUCUGAAUUUUACAUGGUUGCUUUGAUGCCAGAGCCUGUAUAGCAGGCUGAAAUAAUGGAAACAUGUACACUCUGCCAGAAUUCAGGCUCUGGCUUAGCCCAGAUGUUAAGGUUGUACAGGACUCUUUGGAAGGAUUUCCCUUGUAUGGCUUGUGCUGUUCUCUCAGUCAGCAGAGUGGCUGGUGGGUCCCCUGUUGUAACUGAUAGAUCCCAACUUUAAUCUUCCCACCCAACAUCUCCAUAUCAAUCUUUUAUUUUUUAAAAGUUAUGGGGAAUUUCUUUGUGAAAUGGGAUUGAUACUGCAUUCAGUUACAGCUUCCCAAAUUCUAAUGUAUGAAUGCAAGCAGAAAUUACUUAGAGUUGUUCCUUACAAUAAUUCCUUAAAGUCAUUAUGGAAAACAUGAUGUAUCCCUGAUGUUUUCUUGACGACAGUCAGGUUGUUAUCUUUAAAAUUAAAUAUAAAAUUAAGUUCCAAAACCUCACUCUCAAAACUUCUAGGUACCUUGAACUUUUGUUACGUCUCAACCCCUGCUGCUCUGGGCUGUUCCAACUUCAUAAGUAUUUGAGGUGCUUGGAGCAAAUGAUAAAGUGUAUUCUGUUACCAGAGGUGCAUUAAUUCAAUGAGUUUCUAUUGUGUUAAUUUUGAUAAACCAUAUAUACUCACAGCUAGCGUGGAAAGUGAGUAUUCUUACUGUGAAGCAUGUGUGUUUAUACACAGUGUAGAAUUAAACUUGCAAGACAAAGUGCUUAGAUUAUUUUCCUUAUAUCUUGUUUGCUGUAAACUUUACAAGCUCAUUAUUAUUUCAGUUGCUGUUGGAACAUAGAUAACUUCAUUGGGCAUGAUUCAUGGAAAGGUCAUAGCUGAUAAGUGCAGCCUUGCUGCUUUGACAUCCUGUUACGUGAUAGUACUUAGGUAUUUGUAAAUACUUUGAAACUUAUUUUAAGUGGUGCAGGAUUAGUUUUGUGGGUUUCUUUUAAUUCCUUCAGGUGUGGUUUGACUUAGGGUUUGUGCAUAGUCACACCUCUCCCAUGUGUCUUACACCCUACUCUGAGCUGCCACAGUCUGCUGUGACUUUCUGCUGCAAAGUUUAAUCUGGUUUCAGAUCUGUACUCAAACUCUAUUUUUCCCCCUAUCUUGGGACCGCAGCAGCAUGUUUAGUUACAGGUGCAGUAAGCCUGCAGACCCACAUUAGUGUAUCAGCCCUGACACUGCCUGUAUUCUAGUGGCAGCAGCAAUGGCAUGUCCAAACGUAAGCAGAGUCAGCAGCUUUUUCUGCCCCACAUGUACACUAGAGCCUUGUAUUUGGAAGCCACUUCAAGCUCUUCUGCUCUUAUGACUCAACGUGAAGCAACAAAUUAAAUUGGGUUUCUAGUUUAAACUAAAUUCUCUUGCAUUUUCAGUACAACUGAUGAAACGGGUAGUUUCCUGGGGUUUCAUUGGAAUGACUACAUUCGGUUGUAUUGGAGGCAUUAUAGGCUUAAGUGAACACCUUUUUUUUUUUUCUACCCCUGUCCCCGUAUGAAAUACUAGGUCAUUAUUGUCAUGUGGCUGUUCCUCCUUUCUGCCCUUCCUUCCGCUGUCUUCUGUCGCUUGAAAAUCACAUUUACUUUUGUGAUGUGCAGUACUGUCAUUUUGGUCCCAAGCUUUCAUAUUUUCCCGACUUAGCCUUUUGGGAUUUUUUUAAUUCUUACUAUUUUCACAUUUCCAGAUGAAAGCUACCGUUACAAGUUUGCCCCCUCCCCGGUUAUUUAAACAGAACUGCUGUUCUGCUUGGAUUGCUCUACAGCAUUCAGUGUAAAAAAAGUUAUCUGACUUCUGUGUUUGAAAGUCUAGUUUGGCUUUAGUAACUUGCUAUUACUUGAUUUUAAAAAUGUUUAUUAGCAUCUUGCUCAACUUGUGAUUUCAGUAGUGUUAGUCAUCGGUUUGAAUUCUCAGGACAGGCAAACAGGUGUAUCUGGUAGGAUGAGCAGGAGUGGAAAAGCUUGCUCCUAAAUACAGCAGGAAAAACUUCACUAAUAUCUGUGUGAUGAUCCAUACAGCAGUUGCCAAACAUCUUCAGGCUCUUUCUCCUGAGGUAAAAACCAACAAAACUCCCAGGUCAAACUGUGUCUCCGAAGCCUAAUUAGCCUGGAAUAUAGUAGUCUUUGUAGUUGCUAGUGACAUUAACUAUAUCAGCUUGUAGCCGUGAUGGCCAGCUCAGCAAGUUUCUGGCCAGAGUGAGAUUAGAUGGUGUGGCUUCUUAUGAUGGCAGGUUUCCAGACUCAGCCCCACGGGUCCCUUCGGUUUGGAUGGGUGUGGGCUGUCACAGCCCUGUCUUCGGUUCUGCUGCUGCCAGAGUUUUUGCUGUUUGGACUGAAACUUUUCACAGCAGUUAUCUGCUUCAAGGGAAGCUGGGGAAGGAAGCAAGAAGGUGUUGGCUCAGGAGUGGAUCAGCUGUGCGUCCGUGCAUAAAGCUACUUGGGAAGGGGGCAGAAACGGGAGUGGAAGUCUUAAAAUGUGUACAAUGGGGAACUAGUAUUUUAGCAAUAGGUUGUCUGGUGUGUGCAAAGUGUGCCUGCUGAAACCUCUGAUAAUGCAUCCAAACUUGACCCUGACCUGGUCUUGAAAUGUGUUCAGUCUUAAAUCUGUAUUGCGUCGCUUCAUGUUGAACAUGAGCCUUGUUAUGAUCAGUGAGAAUGUAAAGCUGGCCCGUGAAUAUGCCUUACUUGGAAAUUAUGACUCUGCGAUGGUCUACUAUCAGGGAGUUCUUGACCAAAUGAAUAAAUAUCUCUACUCUGUCAGAGAUACGUAUCUGCAACAGAAAUGGCAACAGGUUUGGCAGGAGAUAAGUGUGGAAGCUAAGCAUGUGAAAGACAUAAUGAAAACUCUAGAGAGUUUUAAACUAGACAGCACUCCGUUGAAAGCUUCACAACAGGAAUUACCAGCUCAUGAUGCAGAAGUCUGGUCUUUGCCAGUACCUGCUGAGCGUAGACCUUCGCCAGGACCCAGAAAACGUCAAUCUGCUCAGUGCAGUGAUUGCAGAGGUCACAAUAAUCGUGUAAGUGCAGCUGUCAGAGGCCCUCACCGUCCAUCCUCUCGAAAUCCCAAUGAUAAAGGGAAGGCGGUCCGCAGCCGGGAAAAAAAGGAUCAGCAAAAUAAAGGAAGAGAGGAAAAGAACAAAUCCACAUCUGAGAUUGCAGAGUCUGAACCAAAGAAAUUUGAUAGUGCUGGAUAUGAUAAAGAUUUAGUGGAAGCUUUGGAAAGAGAUAUCAUUUCUCAGAAUCCCAACAUUCGAUGGGAUGACAUUGCUGAUUUAGUAGAAGCCAAAAAGCUGCUUAAGGAAGCUGUAGUUUUACCGAUGUGGAUGCCAGAGUUUUUUAAGGGAAUUAGAAGACCAUGGAAGGGUGUGCUGAUGGUUGGUCCUCCUGGUACUGGAAAGACCCUCCUGGCAAAAGCUGUCGCCACUGAAUGCAAGACUACUUUUUUCAAUGUUUCUUCUUCCACACUUACCUCAAAAUACAGAGGAGAAUCUGAGAAACUUGUUCGUCUGCUGUUUGAAAUGGCUCGAUUUUAUGCCCCGACAACUAUAUUUAUUGAUGAGAUUGACUCUAUCUGUAGUCGCAGGGGAACUUCAGAGGAGCAUGAAGCUAGCCGACGUGUGAAGGCAGAACUGCUAGUUCAAAUGGAUGGUGUUGGAGGGGCUACUGAAAAUGAUGAUCCUUCCAAGAUGGUCAUGGUACUUGCUGCUACUAAUUUUCCUUGGGAUAUCGAUGAAGCCCUAAGACGGAGACUAGAAAAAAGAAUUUACAUUCCUUUACCAUCAGCAAAAGGUAGAGAGGAACUCCUGAGAAUAAAUCUGCGAGAACUGGAACUGGCUGAUGACGUUGACCUUGCAAAUAUAGCUGAGAAAAUGGAGGGUUAUUCGGGUGCAGACAUUACCAACGUGUGCAGAGAUGCAUCGUUGAUGGCUAUGAGAAGGCGUAUUGAAGGGUUGACACCAGAAGAAAUAAGAAAUCUUUCCCGAGAUGAAAUGCACAUGCCAACAACUAUGGAAGACUUUGAAAUAGCUUUGAAGAAAGUUUCUAAAUCGGUAUCUGCUGCGGACAUUGAGAAAUACGAGAAAUGGAUAGUUGAAUUUGGAUCAUGCUGAGUUGUCUUAUCUUGAAGAAGCCACCUUUAUGUCUUAAGCUUAGAAGUAAUAAGUAGUGUGUCAGCGCACUGCGCGCUCUUUUUAACUUUUGUAAUUUAAGAGCAACAGAUGUCUAAAUAAAUUUUUUUUAAAAUGCA